CCAUGUCAAGACAACAGAUCUGACAUGUCUGGUCGCGUGUGACUCGCUUGUGACCCUUUGCACCGAAUCUCAACCUCAAAUCAAUAUCAUGAUAUCCUAAACAAAGAGUCGGGCCAUUCCCGACCAUAUGCUAUUCAUACCUAACAACAAAACAGCUUCUCAGAAUGGAGGCGCUCCGUUUAUACCGAACCGGCCUUUCCCAAUGUCGCCCGAACGCCCUCCUCCGACACCGGCCUAAGUUAUGCGCUCGUCUUCACGCGCAUAGUCCACUACAGAGUCGCGGCGCAUCGACGAAACAGACACCCAAGUCGGAGCAGCGCACACAUGCAUCGGCGCCGGAGGAAGUUCAGAUCCCCAUACCAAACACCGUCCCGCCGGUCCCGGAACCGGCGCCGCGUCAAUGGUGGCAGCGGCUGGGGCCCAUAACGCGGGCCGCCGGGGCAUACGGACGAGCACAGCGCAGCCGCCCGUACGUCACGCAGCUGUGCACCUCGCUCGCCAUCUACUUUUGCGCCGACCUCUCGGCCCAGAGCAUGGAUGACGAGUACGACACGAAGAGAACGGUGCGGUCGCUGGUUAUUGGGGCGGUAUCGUCCAUACCCAGCUACAAGUGGUUCAUGUUUCUCUCCCACAACUUCAACUACUCUUCCAAGCUUCUCUCCCUCGCUACCAAGAUCGCGAUUAACCAAACCUUCUUCACGCCCUUAUUCAACACCUACUUCUUCGGGAUGCAAUCCUUCUUGUCAGGAGGCUCGCUAUCCGACGUUCUUGACCGUAUUCGCCGCGCCGUACCGACAAGCAUAGUCAACUCACUCAAGUUGUGGCCUGCCGUGACGGCCUUCAGCUUUACGUUUAUCGCACCCGAGUACAGGAGCGCGUUCGCGGGUGUCAUUGCCGUCGGCUGGCAGACGUACUUGGCUUACCUGAACAGGCAGGCCGAGAUGGCGGCCGCCGAGACGGCUGCGGCGAUAGAGGCCGCACUGCCGGGUGCUGCGGCGAGGGUAGCUCAGGGGGCUGCGAUGGCUACUGCGGCGGAGCAGGAAGGCCGUUGAUGAUUAGAACUGGUGAUGUCUUUUUUUUUCUAGAUGGCGGAUUCGUCUUUACAUGCUUUAGGAUGCUAUUUGAUGCUUUGGGGAUGAUGAUGGAUAUACCCUGCGCGAGACGCAAUAUUCCCUUUUAUUUACAGAUGUCGCCAGAUGUCGCCUCUUCCUUUUCAAUGGUCGGUUUACGCAUACAAUAGAUAGAUAGAUCUCUUUUUUUUUUUUUUUUUGUGCUUU